UUACAGCUUUACUACGGUGAUGGAGUGGCGAGCGCAGUCUGCAGGAGGUUACGAGGCUGCUUACUCAGAAACACAAAGAUGGAUUGAGGCAGUUACUAAGAAGAAGUUUGGGAGCAGUAAUUUCCGGAGUUCUCUGGAGAAUGGACUUCUGUUGUGUGAACUGAUCAACAAGAUCAAGCCUGGCAUUAUCAAGAAAUUAAACAGAUUAUCCACACCUAUUGCUGGCUUGGACAACAUCAACCUCUUCCUAAAAGCCUGUUCAGAGCUUGGACUAAUAGAAGCCCAACUUUUCCACCCAGGAGACCUGCAAGACUUCUCCACACGUGUGACUGUCAAACGCCAGGAGAGCAGCAGGAGGCUCAAAAAUGUUCUGAUCACCAUAUAUUGGCUGGGCAGAAAGGCACAUGCUGAUCCUUUUUACAAUGGACCUUACUUAAAACUAAAGGCUUUUGAGGAAUUACUUGGCACAGCACUAUAUAAGACACUAGAGGAUUGCACAUCACUGCGGGGCAGUGCACGAAACGGCACUUGUAGAGAUAGCUGUUACUCAGAGAAAGAAGAGCUCUUCCCGCUAAGGGCCGGACACAGGAGAGAAGACUCUCUAGAUAGCCUCGAUUCGCUGGGCUCCAGAACUUACAGCACAUCCUCAGACGCUACACUCAAAGGAAGCAGCGAGGGUUGUGGUAGUGACCCCGAAGCAGAUCUGAGCUUCAUGAUGUCAGAACAUAAGGAAUACCGCCGUUCGUUGGUCUUAACACCUAAGACCACCACUCCGUUCAAUCAGUUCCUGCCAUCAAAGGAUAAGCAGUCGGGCUAUGUUCCAGCACCAUUACGCAAGAAACGUGCAGAGCGAAAUGAAGACAACAGAAGAAGCUGGGCUAGCCCUAUGUUCACAGAAGAUGAUGGCACUUUUACUAGUCAUGAGAGGGCUGGUUCAGACCCUUCAUCUAUCACAGAGUUGAAAUCGCAGACAACUGCCCACCAGUCUUUGGCCUAUGAGUAUGAGAGCAGUGAUUCAGAUACAGAUCGACCGGAUCCCGACAUGGUUCUAGAUGACUUCGCUAGCCGUAGAUUUCACAGCCCGUCCCCUGUCAUUCCGACCAACUUUGCCUUACCCAUGAGCCCGCUGGAGGGAGCUGCUGUCUUGUGUACCACCAGGCCACAGGUGGCUGUCAGUAAUGUGCCCCGGCAUUCAUUGACCCAUCUCAGCGGUCAGUCACAGCCUCUUCAGAGGACUUACAGGAGGCCUGUAUCAGCUGACGCCUGCAUUUACGAUGACUCUGAAGAAGAGGAUGAUGAGUUUGGCUAUGCUGACCCUGUUCAAGAUGACCUUUAUGCCCGUAAAGUAGGCCUGAUGCCACAAACAUCUGCCACAGUGCCUUUUGAUAAAUUUCUUCCUAAGUUCUGGACGGCUGAGGAGGAUGCACACGUGAAGAAGAUCAAACUGGGCUCCCAGCGCCGCCCUUGGUACAGGAAGAUCCAAGGUUUCAGUCACAAGAAGUCAGGUUCGUCCUCUGAAGAAUCAGAUGGUGACGCCAAUCCCUGGCUCUCUCUACCUGCUUUCUCUCGCACUCAAUCUGAACCCCCUCCCUCUCACUUCCAUGCACCUGAAGGCCUCGCUCAGUCCAGCCUCACUUCCACACCCAGUUCUCAGACACAGCACCUCACUAUUGCUCAGCAGAGUGCUGGGCUCUCUAAGUCAAAGCCCCCUGAUUUUUGGCCCAGACCAGAUCCCACCUCUGGCCCCAGACUCAUAAAAUGCGAAAAGCACCCACUCCUUGGGCGUGAACACCCUAACGACCCAUACAACGUUUCUGCCGACAUCCUGCCUGAUUUGGAAAAUGACGAUAUGUUUACACGUCGUACAAAAACCUUCCACUCGAGUGAUGAUCUGGCCAAGUUGAAGUACGGUAACUUCCUGGUGCCUCGCCACAGAUCGGAGGCUGAAGUCACGGUGGUAAUUCAGCCCCGCCAUGAGAGUGAACCCAUUUAUCCUGACAUUGAAAAAGACGACGUGGUUUUUCGAAGGGCUCAACAUCGAAUGAGUCAUUACCCUCUGUCUGGGGCCCCUGAUAACUAUCACCCUGUUCCUAUUCCAGAGACAUGGGCUUUGCCACCAAAACUGCAGGCCAAGCUAAUGUUUGGCCCAGUUGAACCCAGACAGAACGCACCAAAGUCAGAGAUUAAACACGGAGCAGAGCAGCACGUGAAAACAGAUGAUAUGCUACUUAGGAAGCUAAAAGCUUUAAAUACCCAAGGGGUAGAGGAAAAGGGAUCUCCCCAUGUUUCUUUGUCUUGCAAUGAAGAAGAUAUGCAGAAAUGGCAAGCCAUCAGAGAGGCCAGCCGUGUGCGAUACAGGAAGAGGCUGAUGGUUGAGAGACUGUUCCAGAAAUGCUCUGAUAGUAAAGGGAGCAAAUCAGUGAGUGACAUCACCGAUAGUAAGACGAACCUCGGCACCUCGGCAGUGGAGUUGCGCUUCGAAGAACUGCAGAAGAUGCGUAAUCGGAUUAAGGAGAAUGAAGAUAAGUGGCAAGAUGAUCUUUCAAGGUGGAAGAAUAAGCGCAGGAGUGUGAAUUCUGAAAUUGUGAAGAAGAAAGAAGAGAGAGAACAGAUCGAGCAGAUCACUUCAAGCGACACCAGGAAAUCAAAGACCUUGAAGGAAAUGCAUGAUGAGAGAGAGAGCCGUGAGCAAAGCAACUACAGGGACGUCUUUAACUCUGUCAAUGAUGAUGUCUUUGAAGAACCUGCACCCCAAACCAGAACUCUGCCAGCACGUAGCUACACCAUUGACACCCCUUAUGCCCCCACGGAAAAACCUUCACUACCCUCCAUACCAUCUAUGAGAGAAAAGGAACCUGUGGCUGGCACCCUGGCAUCACAUCAGCCAGAUUUGCCUGAUCGCUCUAGCCCAGAUAUCCCACUUACAAUGAAUAACAGCAUUCUGGAGAGCAAAACAACAACCCAGAACCUUCUGGAUGAUCCAGUUCCUGAUUUCUCCUACAGCAACACCAGCCUGAUUAAGCCCACCAGCAUGAUCAAGCCCAUCAGCGUCAGUAAACCCAGCAGCGUUCUCAACAGCUCAGACUCGAUUAGCAAAACUAAGCCAAUUGAAAACUACAGCAGCACUAGCUCAUUGUAUAAGCCCAAUUCAAUGGAUACAAAGCAGUCGGGCCUGGAUCAAGUUUCUGCCUCCCUCCCCAGGAGCUACCAGAGAUCAGAUAGCGCAAGACUCACCUCUGUAGUUACGCCCAGGCCAUUCGGCACACAGGCCACCCGAAUAAGCUCUCUUCCCAGAGCAUUCACGAUGAAUGACUCACUUAAGCGCACCAAUGGAGAGACAGACAGCCUCAAGAAACCUACAGUUUUCAACCGCUAUGCUCAGUAUGUGAAAGAAGAUGAGGAUAUGUCGCAGGAAAGCCCUAAGCAGAGCAGUGACGAAGAGGAGAGAUCAGAGGAGAGAACCCCGUCUCCUGUCCCUCCGAUCAACAAGGUGUUGCCCCUGUCUAAAUCUUCAUCCCCGCUCAUCUCUCCUAUUGAGGUGGACUACAGUGAGAUGAGGAUCAGCCUAAACCAGAAACCCAACAGUAGCCGGGACUUUGGCUUCCAGAACGACUGGGACUCCACUGGGGUCCGUGUCAAAUCUGUAGUUCCAGGCAGCACAGCGGAGCUCGGUCAGGUUAAGGUUGGAGAUGAGAUCCUUGCGGUGAACGGGCACCGGGUGGCAGACAUGAGCUAUAAUGAGUGGAAGAGCAGUAUGGAGGAGGCCUUGCAGCAGGGAAGUCUGCUUAUGGACAUCCGCAGACAUGGCAAGAAUAACUGGGGCAGAGACCUACCUUCCCUUCCAUUUAAAAGCCAUAAGACCAUCAAUCUGACCAGUCUGGAUCCUCUAGGUCCCUCUGAGUCAUACCUCAGCACCAACCUGGAUUUCACAUCCCAACAAACCAAGGACAACGUUGUGAAAACCAUGAAUGUCAGCUCACAGCCAGGCAAUAAUAAUGGUUCAAAUGGAAUAAAUGGUGGUUUCUAUGAGGAUUCAGAGAAUAUGAAUAAUAAAGAAUCUGAAUCCAUUUCUGUGAAAAACUUAAAAAGGAGAUCAGAGUUUUUUGAACAAGCAGGAGCCCCUCAUAACCUCUGUGCUCUUCCCUCAGGCUCUGCAGGGCUCACAGUCAGUUCUCUGGUCUACCUCUGUGGUGGAUCUGAUACAGCAAUAUCGAAUCUUCCCAUGCCCUCUAUCUCUACAUCCACUACACGCUGGUCCUGGGACCCAGAAGAAGAGCGCAGACGCCAGGAGAAGUGGCAGAAAGAGCAGGAGCUUUUGCUGCAGGAGAAGUACAGAAAAGACCAAGAAAAACUUGAUGAAGAGUGGAAAAAGGCACAGCAAGAUCUUGUCAAAGAGGGUCCCAAAGAUUAUGAGGAGGAGAUGGAGCUGAACAGACACAACCUCUACUCCCCUCUUCCCUCCAUCAGACAACCUACUGUUUCAUGGGAAGCGCAAGAGGCCUCCAGAUUGGCCCAGAAAGAGGAGGAAAGAAAGAAAAUAGAGGAGGAAAGGCUCCGUUUAGAGGAAGAGAGGAGAAAAAGUGAGGAAGAGAGGAGAAAAAGAGAGGAAGAGAGGCUGCGGUUAGAGGAAGAGAGUAGAAAACGAGAGGAACAACAGCGUCUUGAGGAAAAGAAGAGAGAAGAAGAGAGGAGGAGAAGAGAAGAGGAGAGGCAGCGUUUAGAGGAAGAGAGGAGGACGAAAGAACAAGAGCGCCUUGAGGAACAGAGGAAGAAGAGAGAAGAAGAGCGCCUCCUUCAGGAAAAAGAGAGGAACAGAAGAGAGGAGGAAUGGAGGCAACAGGAAGAGCAGAAGAGUUUUCAGGAUCAAGAUAAGGUGGACUCCUUUGGCUAUACCAAUGUUUACCCUGAGUUAUCCUACUCGCACAGGUCCAUUUCCAAAUCUACUCCAGAACUUGAUGAGGUCGCAAAACCAGAUAUUAAAGGUGUGUACAGCAGACACAGGGGGUUGGCAGGAUGGCUGCUGGAGGAGGAAUUGAGGCGGAAGAAAAACCCUCAGAUCCAGAGAAAGGAGGCAGCGAGUGAGCUAGAGCUUGAGAGGAGGAGCAUCCUCAAUGCCAUGAAAUACAGAGACCCAGAGAGAGCAAGCGGUGGUCUGGGUGAGGUCAGCAGGGACUAUAAGAAAGAGCCUCUAUCUCGGGCUGAAUUGGAAAGGCAGCAGAUCCUUCAGGAAAUGAAGAAAAAAACUUCCUUGAACACAGACAACAGCUGGAUUCGCCAGCAGAGCUCUGCCAGUGUCACUGCAAAAGAACCAGUCGAUCUUCCCAUUAGGAGGGGCGAGUCUCUUGACAACCUUGAUAUGCCUCGUUCCUCCUGGAGAUCAUCAUGGAGCACAUCUAACAGCACCUCGUCCAUACCAGACUACAGCCGUCCUCAUUCUGCCCUCUCUGGCUCCUCGUCGUACCAUAGUGGACGUCCCGGGUCUGCCAAUCUAGAGGCUUCUCAGUCCAUGAGUUCCCUUAAGCAAUCCUGGUCUUCAUCCACAACCACACCAGAGCCAGAGCCUCGAGCUACACCACGAAAUAGGUCAGUGAGUGGCAGGAAAAUCUGUUCGGUCUGUAGUACACCACUGGGCAAAGGAGCAGCCAUGAUCAUCGAGUCCCUGGGGCUCUGUUUUCAUUUGAAUUGUUUCAAGUGCUCUGUCUGCAAGUCUGAUUUGGGAGGCUCAGAAGCAGGUGCAGAAGUCAGAAUACGAAACCAACAGCUCUAUUGUAACUCCUGCUAUGUGCGACUCAAAACUGGGCAGCCUACAGCCAUGUGAUCUUGCUGUACUGCAGCAGAUUGAGGAAGAACCAAUCACAGACAAGGAACUGUAAACGCUAAAGAGUGUGUUGGAGAUGUGAUAACCAUUGAGUGAUUCAGCCAGCCUUGAUAAUUCAAUGAACUUCUAUUCUUCCUUUUUUACUUAUGAGAGGGUGAGAUUCCUAAGGUUAUGUUUAUUUGAAAGUAUUAGUAAUUGUUUGUACAAAAGGGACAUGCAUGUACCUGAAUAUGAACUAUGCAUUUGAAAAGAUGAAUCAUACACUGUCUUUUUCAUCAUCACUGAUCGAAAGAUUCUUAUGAUUUCUGGCUGGUUAACAAAUAUUUGUAAGGUCCUAAAAGUGUUUAUAUUAAUUAAUAGCAAUAUGCUAUUUUAUUGUUUUUCCUUGUCUUGGUUUAUCCUGCAGUAUGUGUUAUAUAAGGGUUUGCUGACUAAAAUAUCCUGUUAAUAUUCCACUUCAUCUGUGUGCCUUUUUGUUAUUUGAUGGGGAAAGAUAAUUAAGUAUAAAUGUAUUAAGAAUUUAUUUAAAAUGGCAUGGUUAGUAAGCAGCACUCAUUAGUUAUAUACUGGUAGCAUCUAUUUUAUGUAUCUGAGCAAUUUCUCUGCUGGGGGAAAAAAAUAAUCUAGAACAAAAGCAGUGUACUCACUAAUAAUUGUAAAUAAAAUUUACCAAACUAUGUCA